CUCUUCGAGGCGGUCGCCGCUAAGUGCAUCCCGAUCCUGCUCGCCGACGGGCUCGCCCUCCCCUUCGUGGGACAGUCGGAGGAGGCGAAGGCAGAGCCACGCACACGGGGCGGGGCGGAGGAGGCGGAGGCGGAGGCGGAGGCGGAGGAGGCGGAGGCGGAGGCGGAGGCGGCGGAGGCGGAGGCGGAGGCGGCGGUGGCGGGCUCGGGAGCGGCGGGGACGAGGACGGGCGCGUCGGCGGCGGGGACGGGCGCGUCGGCGGCGGGGACGGGCGCGUCGAGGCGGCGUGACGUCGGUCUGGCCCCGGUGUCCAAUCUCAGCGGCGCGGGUGGCGGGCUAAGGCUGCUCUCUCGCUCCGGCGGGCUCAUCGGCGCGACACCGGCGGCCUCCUUCCUCCGUCUCCCCGAGGCGCAGUGGCGCGAGCUGCCAGCCCUCGUCGCCGAGGCGGAGGGCCGCCACGCGCAGAUGAUGCGCGUGCUCGAGCUCUACCGGCCGUGGUUCCUGUACGAGCUGGCCGAGGCGCGCAGCGCAGACGACGCGCGCCACGCGUCCUCCCUGCUCUGCGCCGUGUUGGCCGACGUCGCGCGCCGCUUCUCGCCGCAUCUGCAGGACUGGAGACGAGCAGCAGCAGGGCCAACUGCAGGGUCUGAGACGAAUGUGUCGAGUGCGCGGCGAGGAUCUUGACGAAGGGUGGGUUUUGCACGAAACACAUCCACAAUCGCGAGAUCCGCGCACCGCGGCCACAGCGCACAGGGGCUCAGGCACGCACGCGCGCACGUACGGGGUGUGGAGGGUGAGUUGACCACAGGGGGUUGUGCGCCGGGCCCUCCUGCUCGGCUCCAGCCGGUAGACAAGUCUUGUCAUC